UUAUACAAAGGUUUCGCUUCUGCAAUUUUUAGUUGAUCAAAAAAACUGCCCAGGUGAGAGUGACAUUUAUUAUAUGUGUCAAAGCAGUUGAUAUUUUAGGAUAACAUUUUUUAAUAAUAUACUCUGGAUUAUCAUCUGUUCCUGUUGAUUUUUUAUUACUCAAUCCUUUAAUUAUGCCUGCCACUUCCUCUUCAGUAGUUGGGGUUAAGAACAUGCUGUUACUAUCAUAUUUUACUGUAUUGACAUUAACUUCAUUGGUUUUUUAUAAUGGAUUGCCACUCAAUACUUUUGGGCAAUAGUGGUAUAGUAUUCAUUAAAGACAUUGGCUAUAGCUUAUGGAUCUUGCAUAUUUACUCCAUUCUCGCUUAUUUCAAUAUUCUUCGUUGAUCUUUUUUUGUUUACCUAGUUCCUCCUUAACUAGCUCCCUCGUGGCUUUUGAUUUAUUCCCUGAUGCUCUUAUUCGCGUGUUAUUAGUUAAUUUUUUUGCUUCACUGAUAAUUUUGUUGUAUAUUUUUUGUGAUGACGGUAGUAUUCUUUAAAUUCUUCUGGCAUAUUUCUUUCUUUCAUUAGACUAUUCUCCAAUACCCUUAUUCCUGAGAUAAACCGUUUAUUUUCCUGCUGUUUAGUUUUUACCAUUUUGUUAGGCAUAGCUAUAUCGUAAUAUGAGAAUUGCCCACAUUCAAGCAAAUGCGACAACGCAAGUAUCAUUGCUUAGCAACGGCGAGUAAACAGCUGUUGCUAGGCAAAGCGAGUAAACAGGUGUUGCUAGGCAAAUCCUACAACAAUACUGUGAAGUACCUAAAAAUCAUUGUAUGCCUCGUUUGCCGAAUUUUGCUUAAAAACAAACUCCCAAGUCUCUUUUUCUAGUGGAUAGUUUAGGUAUUGUACAUUCUCUUCCCUGUAAGAUCUAGCUAUUUGAAUUCUUCCUUUAGUCCAUCCAACAGAUGGCAGCAGUGGUCUGCGCAGACGAAGAUUGCGCAUGUUUUCAAUUGUACGAUAAAAGUUAUAAAAGGUACCAGUUGCUACGAAACUGAAGUAGUUCUCAGUUAUUUGUUACGAAGGAAGGACGUGUGGAAGGAAGCACACUAAUAUACAUUGUCGAAAGGCGUUACUAAGAAUCGUUUAGCGAAAACAGCAAACUGAGAAGACUUGGAGCGUGCUCGAGUUAUUCGGAGAAGUUCAGAAUUAAUUUGCAAACGACAGAAAAUGGCGUGUAACACAAAUCAAGAAAUUAUUUGCAAUCGUCACAGAAUCAUCCAUUAUAUUAUAGUGCUGUGCUUUGGUAAGUAAUACAGUCAUAAUUCCCAGGUACGUUUGCAAUAUCUUACGAGUUAGCGGUUUUACAAAAUCGUCACUAAUCUUGAAGGCAGUUUAAUUGUGGUAUUUGCGUAAUUUAAAGUUUUGAAAAUGGGUUGUCGUUUUGUACUUCAUGUCUAUCGGUGGCUUCAUUAUUGAGACACUGAUUUUUCGCAUGUGAAAGGAAACGUUUGUCUUCGAUAUAAUGUCAACCGGGUUUGUUAAAACGUGGAAGGAUAUGGCGAUUACAGAAGAUUCGAAGAGUACUAUCUUCUGACACUGUAUUUUUAAGAUCAGUUUCAAUAUUUUCCUUCCAUAUACAUCAAAGUAUUUGAGUUGCAUCUUUCCUGCAAGUAAAACGGGUAAGAAUUCAAGUAAAUGAAAAAAUAAAGAUUCACUUAAAGAGACUUGUCGUUUGAUUAUGAUUGUUGUUGUUAGGUUAUGGGGUACAGGUUGGGAUAUUCACAUAGUUUUGUUCAAUGAAAUGGGUUAGGGAUACCAAGUGGAUGUAUAUUUUCAGGGUGUUGAGAAAUACUUGUACUUUUUCAUGCUUUGGUUCACCUCAUUUGCAUUUUAUGCUGCUAUGUUCAAUAGGUGAAUCAUUUUACUAAUUUGUUAAGUUAAGGCGUUGAGGAUAUUAUAUAUAAUUAUUUGCGUGUGUGAAAAAAUACGAUUAUAAUUUACAUGCGUUCUAAAAAACGAACUUUAUUACCGGCUGAAUAGUUUUCGUUUCUGGAAAAUUACACGUAACUCGAAAACGCGUACAUAAAGUACCUUCUUUUUGCACACAAACCCAUGUUAAAGAUAGCUGUUCCUGUGUGAAUAUUGUACAGCAGUAGACUUCGUGGUUGCGGUCUUAUUUUCUUUUAAAUAGAAGUAAAAGAAUAACGUUGCAGUAGCAUAAAAUGAGGAUGUUAAUAUUACGUAUUUAUUUAUUUUUGGUUUAACUACACUGUUAAUAGCUUAUCCUGUACAGCGGCGAAUGUUAGGGUGCAUAAUGGUUUGGAAAGGUCAUGGCUUACUUUUAGGUAAUAUCCAGGCAUAUGAUCGGAGGGACUGAAAAAAACCUCGAACGACUUGCCAUGAGAGCCUGUCACUGGGCCGAAAUUCGAACUCAGGAUCUCCCAAAUAAAAUUAGGUGAAGAGUAAGUUACAGUUUAUGAGGAAGGAAGAAGGGCAUAAGGCAUUGCUCUCUGAUUGCACCUCAUAUUUUCAGAAUCUGGAUUAUGGCCAUCAAUGAUGUAUGUCAAUGAAUUGUCUGAUAUCUACCAAACAUACCGUCACAUUCAUUUCUUGGCUGAAUGUAUUCCAUGGUAUAUAUGCUUAAGUCCUUGUUUAUCACCAUGUAUUGUUUCUCUCAUACAUUUAAAUAAUUUUACAUUUUUAUUCCAGUUGCACUAACAGCAUAUCAACUGCUACAAGUUGUGUCUCUCUUUUGGCCUAUCACAAACAGCACGGGAACAGAAGUUGAUGUGCUGAGGAAGGAAGUACAAUUUAUGAGAACAGAACUGACUGACAAAAUGAAUAGCCUAGGAGAACAAUUUGAGAAGGAUUUCUUGGAUCUGCUACAAAGAAAGGAUUUUGAUCUUUGUACAGGCAGUAUAUGUGAUGGACUCAGCAAGGUGGAUGAUAAUUCUAAGAAGAUUGUUAAAGAUGCACUUUCAUUUUAUGGCAAUAGUGUGGAACAACAAAUGAACUUUGCCUCAGGAACUUUAGGUGCUACUAUAUUAAGUACAUAUGAUACCAGGGACCAUGAUUCAACACAUUUUGGAACUCAAGAACGUUGUGUACAGAACAUCAUUAAGGGUUGUGCUGUGCCUGGCGAGUGCUGGGAAUUUGAAGGCGAAGGUGCUGUAGUGAUUCAGCUAAUUGGUGAGGUCUAUGUUAAAGCAGUGUCAAUCGAGCAUCCUUCAAGUGCCCUGUUGUCGACAGAAGAAAUAAGCAGUGCACCAAAGGAUUUCUUUGUGUGGGGAUUGGAUACCGUUAAUAAUGUAAAAUACUUUCUUGGAGAGUUCUCCUAUGAUAUCAAUGGCAGCCCUCUUCAGACCUUUACGAUUCAGGUAACACACUGAGCAAUGCAAUACAUUGAAUUAAUAAGACAAUUUUGAUGUAAGUGUUGUUGAUUUCUGUUUUCUACUCUGUACCAUUUCUUUUCAAAUCAGGAACCACCAGAAACUCCAGUCCUUUUAAUUGAGCUCCGGGUUCACUCGAAUCAUGGUAACCCAAGUUAUACAAGCCUAUAUCGCUUCAGAGUGCAUGGAAGUAUGACAGAUCUCGGACAAACAUAAACAUCAUCUCAAACUGAAAGUAAAUAAUGAUGUGCUAUGUGUAAAAGCUACAUGUCUGUGGUAAAGAUGAUGAGGAAUAUGUACUCCAGAGUGUCAGGAUGUAAUGUCAGAAGUGUAACAGAACUUCUGGGACACUGCACAUAUGACCUUAAAUAUAGGCUAGAAAAUUCCGUGAGCUAGAAACCAGCGUGAGCAGGUGGCUGCAGACUGAGCUGCCAGUUGAAGACACCCAGCUAUGUAAGAACAGGAAGGGAGGAAGAGGGCAAAUGGGAAAUCAAUAAGGAGGAAAGGAGAAGUGUCUGUGGAGAUGGGCCUGAAGGUAGCAGGCUACAGCCGUU